AUGGCCACCAAGGAUGUAGAUUUCCAGGCAUUGUAUCAGAGCUCGCUCAAGCUGACGACGUCUUUUGGAGAUUCGGGUAUCCCUCGUCUUAAAAAGCAUCUUGAACAGCUGGAUGUUGCGUCGCGCACGCUCAGCGACCAGGUUCCCACUUCAGGCAAUCGGAAGCGUCCAGCUACUGACAAGGCCAGUUUCCUACUAGCUUCCAAAGGAAUCGAUACUGAGAAGCUUAGCAAAGAUUUACAGCAUUUCGAUAUCGCAUCCGAGCUCGAACCCGAGACACCCCUAGGCGAGACGGAUCUCGAGGGAUAUCUAGCUCACCAUCACGAAAUGAUUGUUCUCACAGCCAUUGAAGAAGUGAAUCGCCGCACGGUGGAGUCCACCCACGACCGUAUGAAUCGUGCUAUGAUUGAUGACUUUGAAGAAUCGAAGCAACGCCUUUUGGAAGAUCUAAGCGGUGCUAAGCUGCUUGGGAUCCGCAACUACCCUCGCGUUUCGGAGACGGAUGAAGUCUUCGGAACCAAUAUCUCUUCUUUUGCUCGAGAAAAACGCCAGGCGCUUCAAAAUGCAACUGGUUUAGGACUGAGUGGUGCGUCUUUUGCUGGUCAGCCUCGUUUCCAGGCUCCAGCCAUCACAACUUCAGAAACGCCAUCUUUGCAUAUGUCGCAGUUACAAGAAGAAAGUAUGUUGACAGAAGAGAUGAAGCAAUACUGCAUGAUUGUGAAGGAGCUAAAUAGCUGUCGAGUACCUAAUACACGCAGUCAUUUCGAGCUUGCACGGCAAUUUCAGCGAAUGUGUUCGUCGAAUGUGUCAAUGUCCGUAACUGGCUCCAAAUGGGAAGCAGUAAAUAAGUGCUGGCAGCUUGUCAAUGAUUUGCUGGCAGGGGGAGAUGCCUCAAAAGCUAGUGCACCAAGGCUAGCGGAGCGUGAAUUUGAGGCCAUGAGACAUUCACUGGACGAAAGCCAGCGCUCACUUCUCCAGCAUCAUCUUGUAGUUGGUGCUCGUUUGUUUUUAGAGAAACAAUUUCGUGCAUUUGUGCAGGAAACCGUACAGAAAAACAACUUAGCUAUUGGUGGUGUUCCAAAUCUUUUGUCUGAAAUUAAAGCGUUUGUCAAGCACUUGCACAGCUCACGAUACGCUGCGAAUGAAGGUGGGAGCAGUACUGAUGUGGACAAUAUUUGGGCCAUUGUUUAUUACUGUCUUCGCUGCGGUGGUGAUCAGGAAGCAUUUCAGCUUGUGACCGAUGUUUCAGGUGACUUUUCUGACAUUGAUGCUGAUAUAAUUUGUGCUCUGAAAUACCGAGUACAACAGAGGAGCCUAUAUUCGGACCGCAAUGCUACCCCGUUAAAUGCAUUCUCCAAGCAGUUCCCUGGCGAAUCUGACCGCUUAAUUGGGCGUUAUCAUCGUUUAGUAAGCUCGUCGAUUGACGCAGUCUCUGUGGUAAACCCGUUCGAACGAUGCGUUGUGAAUCUAUUGUGUUUUGGUGAUGUGAACGCCAACGAGCAACGUAUCACGACAACUUUGGAAGAUUAUUUGUGGCAGCGUCUUUGCUUUAUACAAUUCAAAGCAGUAACUCGCUCUGAUUCUGACGGAUCUUAUACAAUCAAUAAGCUAUCCAAAAGUAUGCAGAGAUUUGGACCAACGCAUUUUGAACAGCCUGGAAAUGGGAAUUUCACCGCUUUUUUAUAUUUUGAGAUCCUACUGAUAGCGCAAGAAUUCGAAAAGGCUAUUAAGUAUUUAGCUUCCAAGGGGUUCCUGCUGGAAGCGGUACACUUUGCAAUCACAUUGAACUACUACGGUUUGCUAGAGUGUACUUCGUUCUCGAUGGGUGAAGAAGAUGAACAGACUGUCGAUAUUGUACGCCUCAUCCGUCAAUACAUUCACGGGUUUCAGCGUUCGAACGCUGCUGAAGCUGCAAAUUAUGUGGCUUGCAUACCAGACUUGACAGCGAAAAAGGAGUUGCUGUCAGAGCUGCUUCUUGACACACGCAUGUUUGACGUACUGGCUGGUUUCACGAACAAUACAGACGGGUCACGUACUCGCGGACUGUACGACUACCUGUUAAAAGACGAGCCUGACGAUGAGGUCAAGGGAUUAAUUCUAUUAGCUGCGCAUAAGGCUGAGGCUCGUGGUCGUCUACACGAUGCUUUUACAUUGUUGAAAAGUGCAGGCGACAUUGAAGGAGUCCUUGUGUUGCUUAACUCGCAGCUUAGUUCGAGUUUGUCCGCUUCUAAGCCAGAACGAGAGGAAUGGUUUCGUGAAGCCAAGGGGUUUGCUGAAAAAUGGAUGCGUUUUCCGUGGGUGCAGACCAUUGCUAAUCGGCAUGCGCGCACCGCUGCUAUUGCCUUUCAGACACUCUUGAAUAUAAGUAUUUUCUUGGAGAUAUUUGAAAAGCACCAGUAUGAAGAUGCUAUUGGAUUCGUUGAUGAAUUGGAGGUUGUUCCAACCCAAACCUCGAGUAAUUUGUCUCUCUGCGUCGACCGUUUUGUCGCCUUCGACGAAAGUGUUCGACAAAACUUUCAUAUUCUUAUGCUUGGCUACAUGGAGUGCCUUGUGCGUGAUGCAGAACGCCUAAAGACUCAAAUUUCUGGUGAAGCCCGACGUGGUGGUAUCGCCGCUUUGCGUAAAAAGGCUGAACUUCUCGUCACUUUCGCAGGGAUGAUCAAGUUACGAUCACCCUCGGGUACAAUCGAACGGUUAAAUCGUAUGGAGGCCAUGAUCUACUAG